AUUCCCACCCCCGUUUUCUUCAUCGAUCCUAUCGUCUUCCUUUCUCCCCUCACCUACCUCCCGUCCUCUCCGAUCACCUCAUCGCCGCCAUGGCUACCAUUUCUAAGCUCUCCUGUCCGACCCCGGCCGCCUCACUUUCGUCGUCCUUCAAGUCCAGAUCCUCUUCUUCCCACCUGCCCAUGGUCUUCGUCGAUUUCCGGACCACAGGUGGUUUCAGCUCUAAGCUUUCUUCAUCUAGUCUGUGUGUACGAAGCAACCAUCCUUCCAGAGGCACCUUGGUUGCGAGAUGCUCUAUUUCAGGAAAUGGGAGUCCAACCAAGAAAACUACUCUGCAUGAUCUCUAUGAGAAAGAAGGGCAGAGUCCUUGGUAUGAUAAUCUCUGCCGGCCCGUGACUGAUCUGCUUCCAUUGAUUGCGAGUGGUGUUAGAGGUGUAACUAGCAACCCGGCGAUUUUCCAAAAGGCAAUAUCAUCAUCAAAUGCUUACAAUGACCAAUUUAGAGAACUCGUAGAGUCAGGGAAAGAUAUUGAAAGUGCAUAUUGGGAGCUUGUAGUGAAGGACAUUCAAGAUGCUUGCAAGCUUUUUGAGCCAAUUUAUGAUCAGACACAUGGAGGUGAUGGUUAUGUUUCCGUUGAAGUCUCUCCUAGGCUGGCUGAUGAUACUCAAGGUACAAUUGAGGCAGCAAAAUGGCUUCAUAAAGUGGUCAGUCGUCCCAAUGUGUACAUUAAGAUUCCUGCUACAGCUCCAUGCAUCCCCUCAAUUAAGGAAGUUAUUGCACAAGGCAUAAGCGUCAAUGUCACUCUCAUAUUCUCUCUUGCUCGAUAUGAAGCUGUAAUUGAUGCUUACUUGGAUGGCCUUGAGGCCUCUGGGCUAAGUGACCUCUCUAGGGUUACAAGUGUGGCCUCCUUUUUCGUUAGUCGGGUGGACACCAUGAUUGACAAGAUGCUUGAGAAGAUUGGAACGCCAGAAGCCCUUGAUCUGAGAGGAAAGGCUGCAGUAGCUCAAGCAGCCCUCGCAUACCAGCUCUACCAGAAGAAAUUCUCUGGUCCAAGAUGGGAGGCUUUGGUGAAAAAGGGUGCCAAGAAGCAGAGGCUGCUGUGGGCCUCAACCAGUGUCAAGAAUCCUGCCUAUCCUGACACUUUAUAUGUUGCCCCACUUGUGGGCCCUGAUACGGUUUCAACCAUGCCUGACCAAGCUCUCCAAGCGUUUAUAGAUCAUGGCAAUGUUUCAAGGACAAUAGAUUCAAACGUGUCUGAAGCUGAAGGCAUCUAUAGCGCCCUUGAGAAGUUGGGAGUUGACUGGAGCUAUGUUGGGUCUCAACUUGAACUCGAGGGGGUUGAUGCCUUCAAGAAGAGCUUUGACAGCCUUCUUGACACCCUGCAAGAGAAGGCAAACUCUCUCAAAUUGGUUAGCCUGUAAGCCUUUGUUACAUGCUUGUUUGUUGUCAAUGUCGUGAGUGACUCAAUAAAAUAAGCAGGUUUUCAACCCUGCUAUUAUGUUAGUUAUCUCAAGUGUGUUUAUAAGAUAUGAAUUCUUAUAUCAUAAGGAGGCUUAGUGUUUGGUUAAUGGAAAUUUUCAAUUUUUGC